AUGGAAGAGGAAGAGGAUGCUAUCUCAAUAAAAGAGGAGGAAGAGGAGACUGAAGAUCUGAUUAACACCGGAGAGAGACCAGACUCUCACUCUGACAGCGGGAAGAGUCCUUCAGGGGAACCAGACCCAGAGACAUCCAAACCAGCAAGACCACACCACUGCUCUCAGUGUGGAAAGAGAUUUAUUCAGUCAUGGCAUCUGAAAAAUCACAAGAGAAUACACACAGGAGAACAACCAUUCGAAUGCCUUCAGUGUGGAAAAAGUUUUACCCGUUUAGGGAACUUGAAAACGCAUGGGAUGACACACACAGGAGAGAAGCCUUUCCACUGCUCCCUGUGUGGAAAUAGUUUUACCCAUUUAACGACCUUGAAAAUGCAUGCGAUGACACACACAGGAGAGAAGCCUUACCACUGCUCCCAGUGUGGAAAGGGUUUUAGACAAUCAAGUAAACUAAAAGUGCAUGAAAGAAUGCACACCGGCGAGAAGCCAUAUCAAUGCUCCCAGUGUGAAAAUAGAUUUGUCUCAUCAGGGGACCUGAAAUCACAUGAGAUAACACACUUAGUAGAGAGGCCUUUCCAGUGCUCUCAGUGUGCAAAGAGUUUUACCCGGAGGAGGAGCCUGAAAAUACAUUUGAGAACACACACAGGGGAGAAGCCCUAACACUGCUCAGACUGUGGAAAGAGAUUUAGCGAGCUUAGGGACCUGAAAAAGCAUGAGAUGACACACAGGAUAGAAGCCUUACCACUGCUCCCAGUGUGGAAAGACAUUUUCCCGGUCAGAGGACAUGAAAUCACAUAAGAGAUUAGAGGCUGUGUUUUGUGGUCCUCUGUAGCUCAGCUGGUAGAGCACGGCGCUUGUAACGCCAGGGUAGUGGGUUCGA